CCGUGUCAAAGUGACAUGACGUAAUUUAAAUCGCAGUUUGAACUGUCGACUUGCAUGAAAUCUUUGUGCAUAAACUUUAUGAGAGCGAGCCUCUCACAAACUGUAAUCCUACAACAGUAAUCAAUGGAAAGUAAGCUGCUGUACAUGAGUGCACUCGUGCUACAAACUGUACAAAAAGUAGGCUAGGUCAGAGCGUUUACUUUCCGCGUGUGUUAUUUUAUUUUUUAAAGUUAAGUCAUGCAAGAAUAUUUGUUCAAAGUUCUCGUGAUCGGAGAUCUCGGCGUUGGUAAAACGUCGAUAAUCAAACGAUACGUUCAUCAGAUAUUUUCGCAACAUUAUCGCGCAACUAUUGGGGUGGAUUUUGCUCUUAAAGUCAUGAACUGGGACAAUCAGACGGUGGUCCGGCUGCAGUUAUGGGACAUAGCAGGACAGGAGCGCUAUGGGAACAUGACACGGGUUUACUAUCGGGAGGCCAUGGGAGCACUUAUAGUAUUUGACGUGACCAGAGCUUCCACGUUUGAUGCAGUAUUGAAAUGGAAAGAUGACCUGGACAUUAAAGUUACCUCCAACAAUGGCAAACCUGUCCCAGCUGUUCUUUUAGCCAACAAGUCUGACCAAUCGCGUGAGGGUCUGCGUUCCCAGAUUCCAAAACUUGAUACAUUCUGCAAAGAGAAUGGAUUUGUGGGCUGGUUUGAGACAUCUGCUAAGGAGAAUACAAACAUCGAGGCAGCAGCUAGAUGUCUGGUGGAGCACAUUUUAGCCCAUGAGGAGAACAUCAUCAGCGACACAGACCCAGAUGUGGUGGCCCUUCCCGGGUACAACAACAACAGCAAAGAACGAGUCCGAGCCAGAUGCACAACGUGUUCGAAAUCUUGAAUAUAUGAGGUGGAUGGAAGAUAUGAAAAUGUGUAGCAAUUUCUUAUACAUUUAAGGGGACUGCCAUUUAAUGGUGCCAAAACAAUGAGGUUUGUUUUGAGGGUGAGAAAUGAAACAAAAUGGCAAGGAAUGUGAAGAAAGAUUAGAUUUUGCUGUUUAUAUGUAACAUGUAUUUGACCCAUCAGAGUUUUGUUUGCAGAUGAGUGCUUGGCAAUUUUAUGCAGGCAACAACUAUUUUAUGUCAUUCUAGGUCAAAUAUAAAUUUCGUACUGUUUUGUAUGUGAACACGCUGACAGCAGAUGUUUGAUACAAUUUUUGAACAUUUAUAAAAAAGUUGCCUCUAUUUCUAUUAUUUGUCAUGUGAACACACUGAUUUGCUCAAGAUUUGAUGUGUGAAUCAUCAAUGGCCAUUAUUUUUUAAAGAAUGCUUUUGGAAUUGAAAAUAAAACA